CUUAUGGUGCGGCUCAAAUGUUUUUUUAUUUCAGAAAGAGAACAGAACAAUAUAGCUGGAAAUUCACAUCGUUCCAACUUGGUUGUCUGGAUUAUAAGUUAGAACUUUUAUUUAUUAUCUUGGCAUAGCUCAUAUACAUUGCAUUAAAGGAAAUAAUUAUGCAAAUUUGAUGUGCUGAAAUUAUUUAGAAAGUAAGUUUUGGAUGCUCAUCAGAAUAAAUGAAAUGUGAUUUCAUUACUAAAAAAAGCUUUCAAUGAAUCAUUAUGAAUCUGUCCACUGCCACGAGGUCAUGAAUGGUCAAGUUGUGCAGUGUUUAUUAAAUAAAGUUUGGCUACGUAGCUGGUAAUAUAUGCAUGUGCAAAGCUGUGGACUUCCAUUGCUAGGAACUUGUCUAACAUUAGUGUGGCUUUAAAUGGAGGUCACUUAAUGACUGACCAAUACUGCAAAAUUGUGGGCAUUAAGUUUUGUGGUUCUGUCAAAGAUAGCUAUUUAGUGGGGACAUGAAAUGGUGGGUUUCAAAUUCUACAGAUAAGAUGAAUGGAAAGUUUUGCCUUUUCUUUGAGAUUUAAUUUUGUGGAUUGAUGCAAUAAUGAAAUCCUUGAAAAUUAAUCCCUUUGAAUAUUGAUGAUUUCCUUGUAUAUGAAAUUGUUAAUUAUUGUUUAGUUUCAGUUCUUGCAGCAAUUGUGAUUGUGCUUGUGAUUAUAAUGGUGUGCUACUGUGCACGGAAUAAAAGAAAAAAUAAACAAAAGGAUAAGACACCAAAUGGAAAUAUUGAAGAGCCGAAUUCUUCGCAAGAUAUAGAACUAAAGGCAUUGGAUGAAUCAGACAAAGAACCAGAUGAUCUAAAGGAGACAGAAUCUCUGUUAGAAAAAGCACAGGAAUUGCCACAAGAAAAUGGAAUCCAACAACACACUGUUGAAAUAAAUUCGGAGGAAAAAAGUCCAAAGCCAAAGAGAAAAGAACAUGAUUCUAAAAGCAGGAAAAAGGAAUCCGUCAAAAACCUAAAGCACAUCGAGUCCAUUGAAAAUAAUUACAGUGCAAAUACUCAGCAUUUUCAUUUUUACAAUGAUCAAACACAGCCUAAUGCAGCAAAUGCAUGGAAAGAAGUAGAAAAUGGAACUGGUGGACUGGCUGGUGAACUAAAGAAAAAGCAGGAUGACACACUAACUCCCACUCAAUGGAAUGCAUUGAAUACACAACCACAGAGUGUUGGAUGUCUCAUAGCGUAUGGAGAUAAUCGUGGGACGGUGUUUAGGGUUGGAACAUGCUAUGCUAUGACAGCAUUCCAUAUCUUCUCUGAUAUAGUCAGAAUAGGAGAUGGUCCAAAUGAGGAGGAUCAGUUCGACUGGUUGCUGCUAAAGAAUGAUGAAAUAUACGUGAACUUUAAUGAAUCAAUAACUGAUAAACCAAGGAUAUUGUCCAAAUUAACUUGUAUCUUCUAUGAUAGAAACUUGGAUGUAGCUGUCCUUAAGUUUGAUCUCAUCAGUGACCUUCCACGAAAAAUGGUGCUAGAUAAAUCUGGGUUUUCAAAUCCAAAAGCUGUGAACAUUAUUGGAUUUGGACACCCAAGCAAUACUUCAAAGAAAAAGAUAGACCCAUCAUGUUCAGUUAUCCCUGCUGCAAGUGUCAAGAUACGACAAGCUCAUGCAUGGCUCCAGACAAAUAGAAUAUUCUACAGACAGAAAGUAGAUGAUCCCAAUGUUGUAGACGCUGGAUAUUACGGGUAUGAUGAUCCACACAAGAUAAUCUUAAACUGUUACCUCGAGCAUGGAGCUUCUGGUGCACCACUUCUGGCUGUAGAUAACAAGCGUUGUGUUGUAGUGGUAGGCAUUCUUACUAAUGGUAUCCCAGAUUUUUACUUCCGUUUGUCUCCAGCAGACCAAAGGGCUUUUCCCACAGCUUACAGAUUUGAAUAUGGAACAAGAAUGAAAGACAUCUAUCAUGCUAUUCAGGAAGCUAAUCCGGAGUUAGCCAAAGAUAUUUUUGGGGAACAAUGAGAUAAAAUAUGCUGUUGAAACUUGGUACCUCGAACUCGUUUAUCUUGAAAUUAUGGUUAUAUUGAAAGAAUAUUCCCUCUUAAUGUAUUUAUUUUCUGUUUAAGACAAAUCUGAGAUACUGCAACUUCGGUUGUGUGAAAGUAAAUAUGAAGUCCCUUGAGAUACUGUAACUGUGAUUCAACUGUAAAGAUACCACCUGUGUCGGAGAACAGACAGUGAGGGUUGUGCCAUAUCUUUUAUUCACUGUUUUGUGUCAUUAUGUUAUGCUAUGUGUCAUAAUUGUGACAUACUUAUCCCAAAUUAACAUCACAAUUCCAGUCAUCCUUGUUUAAUAGUAGAACAAAUUGGGUUGUGUUAGAAUUGAAGUUUAUGUAUAACAUGUAAGAUAGUUUUCUAUGAUAAAGGUACUGUGAUAUCAUCGAAUGUAGGACGUUUUGGCCAGCGGACGUUUUGGCCCGGACGUUUUUGCCUAGGAUCUUUCGUCCUAGGAUGUUUUGGCCAGGCAUUUUCUGGGGGUAGUUAUUAGUUAUGAGGAAUAAAUUUUCAUUGACUUACUUGUAGUAUCAGUCUAAGAAACUGAAUCCCAACGAACAAAAAGAAUUUCUUAUAAUGCUAGCAUUAACUUUAAUAUACAAAACUUCAUGUCCCAACGAAACAAAACUAUAAAAAAAUCUAUGCCACAAAUUGAUCUCAUAGUACAGAUAUAUUUUAUAUGAACUUUUGUUUCAAUAAAGUAUAAAAUGUAUUUUUGUUAGAGGAUGUGUGUUUUAACAUAUGAUGUGAACAAACUUAACGUUUUUUUUAAGAAUAUAUGUUGUCAUUUAGUAGUUGUAAGUGUAAUAAUAAUGUGUUCCUUUUUGGAAUUGGCUAUAUGUUUUGUAUAGAAAGUUUUUUUUUUUUUUAUAAACAACUAGCAUGAUUCAUGGGUUUGCAAGAAGUCCCAAUGUUGUUUUUAUCCAUCUAAAUUCAUAGAAAAAUAGUAUUUAAUCCUUGAAUGAAUUAAUUCAGUUGAGAAAUGAAUCACAGUUUAGUUGUUCCCAUUUAUGUUCGGAGGCCAAAGGCUUAUAUGGAUCCAGUGUUGCAUACUUUUGAAGUUAACAUAUCUCUAAAACAAACUAAGUGGCUGACUAACAGAGGUUGUUGGAACAUGUAAACAGUCCAGUAAAAUGCCAAAAUCUCAUAUGUAACAUAACAUAUUAACAAAAAUGGUCUCCCAAGCAGUGUGACCUGUGGACUAGAUUGCCAUUGUGAAUGGGGCAAUAAAGUGUGCCAUGCGGCCGCUGCAUGAAAAGAAUUCACGCAACGCGGCAGGAAUUAUGAUGGACUUCUUCCGAUACCUGGAUGAUUAUUUUACAUCGGAUGUUGCCUGUAAACACCCCAAAGGAUGCCUGGAUGUUGCCAGUACAGUCCGCGGACGAUUUUGAAGGUAAAAUUUUGAACAAAAAUCAUACAAUCUCCAUCCAGUUCAAGCAAUCCCUGUCCGGCGCCCUGCUGACAGUUGGACAAUGCACUGACAAUGUGUUUACAAGUUCUCAGAAGGUGAAAGAAUUGUCUGGUCGCUGCCGAAUUUCAAAUUUCCAGGCGCCAUCUGAUAAACCAAAUCUUACCUUGUCACCAUCCGAUUUACUUGCUGCAGGACAGACACUGGAGGAUUUUUCCUAAUUUUCCCUUAAAUACAGUCUAGCAUUCAGUUCACCAUUUGUGACUCAGGGGCAUAAAUUUUAAGUUGUUUCAGAACUAAACAUUGUAUUAUACAAAUCAACUUGGCUGAAGUAUGUAAAAAUGAUUAGAAAAGGACACAGUGCUUCCAACUGGUUCUUUCUUAAUUUGUUAGGAUGUUUCAUAAGGUGCAAAAAAAAAAAAAUGUGAAAAAGCAACUAUCAUGAAAAUUAUGAGGAGAUAUGUCUGUUGAUACAUACAUGUUACAGACUUCAAAAUUAUUUUAUUUUUUGUGAGAGAAACAUAUGAGCUGUGCCAUGAGAAAAUCAACAUAGUGGGUUUGCGACCAACAUGGAUCCAGACCAGACUGCAUAUCCGCGCAGUCUGGUCAGGAUCCAUGCUGUUCGCUAACAGUUUCUGUAAUUGCAAUAGGCUUUGAAAGCUAACAGCAUGGAUCCUGACCAACCCAUUUUAUAAUGUUGGUUUUUUCAUGGCACGGCUCAUAUACAUUCAGUUACAUCUCCAUUAUUUUUGAUAUUUAUCUACCAAGUUGUUGUAUCCAGUAUAAAUAUAAUGGAUAGUCACAUGGUUCAAAUGCAAAUCACUGACUGGAAGAGAAAAUUAGAUGUAUAUUAAAGUGCUGUUUCUCCACACUAAAUGUUUAUUUCAUGUUUAUGUAGAUACUGUGAUGUAAUUGUUGAAAUUUUCAAGUAUAGAAUUUAAACAUAAUAUAUUUCUAACAUUUUUAUGCAUAAUAUUUUGUUGUUUUGUUUUGCUUACUGUUAGAAAGAUACAUACCGGUAACCAGUUUGUAUUUAUUGUUUAAACUUUGUGUUAAAUUAUUAAUUGUGAAACUGAAACAUAUCAUAUAAUGUUCCAUAUUUUCACUGUUCUUUGAAAACUCGUAUAAGCUAUUUUGUUCAUUUUCCAGGAGACAUUACCCUGAAACUUCUUUUUGGCAAGUCAUCAGUGUUGUUUUUGUAAACUGUAGCUCAUUUUAAAAAGACUUUUAAGGUUUUCUCUUUAAUUUUGUGUAUGGUUUUUAUCAAUGCUUGUUAGUCCAGAAAAAAGAAUAAAGUUAAAUUCCAGAAGUUGUCUAUCUUUUAAAAUAUUUUUUAUCACAUAUAUUGAGUUUUAUACUUUCCUAUGACUUGGGUACAUUUUUGUAUUAAAUUUGUAUUGAUUAUUUUUAUAUGUUUCAUAAGGACCUUUAUCCAAGGAGAAUGUUUUAGAAGGGAUCAAAUUAUUUAUAUUUUUCAUGCUUUUGCAAAAUCUAUUACUGUGAAAUCAUUUUAAAUCGCUGGCAUGAAAUUUUGCCGACAGUUUUGCACGGGAUUUAAUUUAGCACAUUUUCAAUUAAAGAAAGAAAUUUAAAAAAAAUAUUUUUUAGAAAUCACCAGCUUGCACAAGUCACUGUCAUGUACUGCCUGUCAAUUAAAGCAGUCCAUUUUAUGACCUAGUUAGAUAAACAAUAUGACACUGUCAGACAGUCACUAUGGUUCGGUAAUGUGUGAAAGAGCAUCAAAGGAUCAAGUAAAAUAAAAGGAGUUUCAAGUCUUUAUUAUGAAUGGCGCUUGUCCAGUCACUCUAAAACUACAAUGGUGGGUGCAAAUAAUUCACGAAGUGGCACUGUUACCUUCAAUUACGCAAUGUGACAACUUGAAAUUUGUUGACGACGAAUGAAUUUAGACACAUAAAAAUUCCAAAAAUUACAUUGUUUUCUGUCAAGGACAAAAUUAUCAAUAAAAGAAAUAUUUCAUUGCAUUUGUAAGACGAUGACAACGAUAUAAAACUAGCUUAAGUAUUCGAAGCAAUCGUAAAGAAUAACCAAUGAACCAACAGUUAUAAAUCAUUUAAUCAGAUUUCAUAAUGAUCCAUUUUGGUAUAAACAUAUAAGUUCCUAUCAAGACAACCUUUAACUGCCGAUAACUGUGAAGUUUUGAGAAAAAUUGAAAUACUAGAGUCUUAUACAAUACACAUAUUUCAGACAUGAAGUAAACUUGGAUAACUAUAUAUUAAAUGGUUGAAUAAUAGCGCGGUCUUAAAUUUGCGCAUUGUUCGUAGCGUGACAUAUGGGAAAUUCGUCCUGCGUGAACAAAAUUGAUUUCACAGUAAUAGACAUACAGAACUGUAACCCUGUAUAGUGUUUGAUAUUAACUUUGGCUUUGGUAUUCUAAUACUUUUAUGUACUCUUGCAGUAUGUUUCGUGCAGUUUUUAUUGCAAUACUAGUUGUUCUAUUUUCUGUCUUUUUUUUAAUGGGCAUUCAAAUAUUACACUUAAAGAAAUUACAGAUAGAUGUUGGUUUUCGCCCAUCAACUUAAGUAGUGCUCUGUAUGGUGUUCUUACAUGUAUGAUUAAUUGUAUGUCUACUCUUCGUUUUGUAGUUUGCCAUUGCUGUAGUCACAGUGACAUUGAUACCUAUGUUGUCUAAUACAGAAUAUCUAUUCAAGAGUUGUGUCUUAAAUGAGAGGAGGUGCUUCCAAUUUGUAUUAUUCAACUGUACUGUGUACAUUUAAUUUGCUACUAUUGUAAAUGUGUAUAGAAUAUGUAUAAUAAGAAAAUGCUGGUCUAGUCCUUAUAAAUUGACUGUAAAUCUCAUACAAAUUGUUUCCUUGUAUUCACUUUCUGUACUUUUAUUAAAUUUAUUGUUGUAUCUUUGUUAAUAUCACUUUUGUCAUUGUAUGAAAGUAUAUUCAUUCAGCAUUUGAUUAAUAGACAUAUAUGACAAAUUUGCCAAAUACUUACCAAAAUAUCACUGUAUUAUUGAUCAUUUUAAUAAUCUUUAUUUUUACUAAAAUAAAAAACCAAAACAUCACUGUAUUAUUGAUCAUUUUAAUAAUCUUUAUUUUUACUAAAACAAAAAACCAAAAUAUCACUGUAUUAUUGAUCAUUUUAAUAAUCUUUAUUUUUGCUAAAACAAAAAACAAAAAUAUCACUGUAUUAUUGAUCAUUUUAAUAAUCUUCAUUUUUACUAAAACAAAAAAAAAAUAAACAAAACAAAACAAACAAAAAAACAACAACAACAAAAAAACAGCCAAAAAAAAAUUACCUCUUCCUAUUGAUGAUCUUUUUAUAUUAAAGGGAAUUCCUAUAGUUUUUUAUGCGCAUCUUUCUGCGCAGCCGACACUUUCUAUGGAAAACUGAACUGAAGUCAAAAUCUCUUGAAACAUGUUACAGACAAUCUUAAAUAUGAGGAAUCUUGAAUGAAAUAUCAUUUUUGAUAAGUUUUAUCAGUAAUCAAAUGUUGAUACUGGUUUAUGUUGUAUUGACAAGUAUCAUGCCUGACAGGUAUCUGGCUAUUUUUAGCUCACCUGUCACGUAGUGACAGGGUGAGCUUUUGUGAUCGCCCUUCGUCUGUCGUCCGUCGUCCAUCCACAAUUUCUUGUCUGCACGAUAGUGGUUUCAUUUAUGAUUUUAUUUUAACCAAACUUGCACACAACUUGUAUCACCAUAAGGUCUCGGUUCCUUUCUUGAACUGGCCAGAUCCCAUUAUAGGUUCCAGAGUUAUGGCCCCUGAAAGGGCCAAAAUUAGCUAUUUUGACCUUGUCUGCACAAUAGCAGCUUUAUUUAUGAUUUGAUUUUUACCAAACUGGCGCACAACUUGUAUCACCAUAAGAUCUUGGUUCCUUUAUUGAACUGGCCAGAUUCCAUUAUGGGUUCCAGAGUUAUGGCCCCUGAAAGGGCCAGAACUAGCUAUUUUGACCUUGUCUGCACAAUAGCAGCUUCAUUUAUGAUUUGAUUUUAACCAAACUUGCACACAACUUGUAACACUAUAAGAUAUUGGUUCCUUUCUUGAACUGGCGACAUUCCAUUAUGGGUUCCAGAGUUAUGGCCCCUGAAAGGGCCAGAAUUGGCUAUUUUGACCUUGUCUGCACAAUAGCAGCUUCAUUUGUGAUUUGAAUUUAAUUAAACUUGCACAAAACUUGUGUCACCAUAAGAUCUCAGUUCCUUUAUUGAACCGGCCAGAUCCCUUAAUGGGUUCUAGAGUUAUGGCCCCUGAAAGGGCCAAAAUUAGCUAUUUUGACCUUGUCUGCACAAUAGCAGCUUCAUUUAUGAUUUGAUUUUAACCAAACUUGCACACAACUUGUGACACCACAAGAUCUUGGUUCCUUUCUUGAACUGGCCAGAUUGCUUCAUGGGUUCCAGAGUUAUGGCCCCUUAAAGGUCCAAAAUUGGCUAUUUUGGCUUUUGCAGCCAUAUAGAGACUUCAUUUAUGGUUUUAUUUGAUACAAACUUCCAAAAUAUCUUCAACAACAAUAAAUCUUGGAUUCCAUGACAAAUCAGAUCCAAAUGUAGGUUCCAGAGUUAUUUUAUAUCUGAUUACCUCCCCUGAUUGUAAUCAAAAUGGAUUUAUAUCAGUAAGUACGUAUAGGACUUAUUUGAAAUUUCAUUAUUGUCAUUAGUUGGACUGAGCCAAUCAGGGUAGAUAACUAUGGACUGAUUUAAUGUCAAAUUACCUCCCUUUAUUUCAAAUUAAAAUGGGUAUAUCUCCGUAACUAAUGAAGAUACUGAUCUGAAUUUUCAUUUAUGUCAACAGAUUUAUUUGGCAGAUCCUUCUUUUGUUCACUUACAAUAAUUUUCUUUUUAAUUACUUCCCUUUUAUGUUACUAUAAAUAGCUUAUUUUUAGAAACUUUUUUAUUAUUGGCCGUAGGGAAAAACCAAGACCACUUUUCUGUAAUACAACAUGGAUGGUACCUCCAAUUUUUAGGUGUUUUUUGACAUAUCUGUACCUUUUAAGAAUUUUUUUUUCUUUUUGGUUAAAUUUCUUCCCUUUGUUGUUCCUGUCCUUUGGACAGAUAUUUUUUCUGAGGACCUUCUUGUCCUCAAGUGCAAUGAUAACAGGUGAGCGAUAUAGGGCCAUCAUGGCCCUCUUGUUGUGGUUGUGUUUUUACAUCGCAUUUUAGUGCAAAGACAGUGUUGUUCAUAUAAUGUAAGAUAAUUGACUUAGUACUGAUAAGACAAUAUCACUUUUCAGAUUAUUUAGUAUUCAAUUAUAGAAAGAAUUAAGAAUUUUUAAAACUUUUUUUAACUUCUAGCAGACAUACAUGUAAUCAGUUUGGCCAGGUUCGCGCCAUUUUCUGUCCGAACAGGUGUUGUAUUCUAGCGGUCUUAACAUAAAAUUUAGUCUGGUGACCCAUACAUUUUUAUGCUCACAAUACUAUUAUCUAUACACAAGAAAAACAGGAAAAAAUUCUAUGAAAUUAAAAAUAUAUUCUUCACUAUGGGUAUUUUUCAUUGAAAAAAAGUUCACAAAAGUAAAUAUGAAACAAUUUUUUUUCAUUUGUACCCAUUAUUGUAAGGAUAGAGUAUUACAAAUACGACUAUGAUAUCUAAUAAGUAUAUAACAAAAUCUGUAAAAAAAAAACCGUAUUGUGCUGUCUUGAUGUAUAUUUUGGAUAGUAUUUAUAAAAAAGCAGAAAAUUAUGAAAAUGUUGAAAAAUCGCUGGCAGUUCUAGCAACAGUGGGUGUGUUCAAAACAAUUUUUCACAAAAACAAGCCUGGUGACCUAUUGUUUUUAUUUGUUCAUUGUUUUCAGCACAAAUUUUCCUACAGUAUAUGUGAAUUUAAAAAAAUUCUAUGAAAGGAAAAAAACUAUAGGAAUUCUCUUUAAUACAUGUAACUUCAGUUUGAUCUUUCAUGUUAAUUAUAAUUCAAUGUCUCAUUUAACCAUACUGUUAUAAACUUGCUCUGUUGUAGGAUUGCUGCGGCUUGCCUGAGGUCUAAGGCCAAUACCUGCAAGACUAUUAACUUGCAAGCCAAUUGGCCAUUCAAGUGUUUUACUUGACAUCAAAAAUAAGUUUUUUCAUUGUCAAUGUUGGGCUUUGUCCCAGCAAACCUGUUUUGAACUAUAGACAGGUAAAUAACACAAACCAUUGACUGGCACUCUUUAUAAAUUAAGUCAUUUACCAGUAAUAAAGCUUAAGACAGGGUGUAUUUGAAAUUAAUAAAUACAGUCAAACCAGUCAUAAGGAUCACCUUUGAAUAAAGGUCCCUACUGUAAAACCUGCUUACAUGGGUCACUAUUUUCUCUGUAAGUUUAACCAUAGAUAGUAUAAAUUAACAUGUGUUACAAGUGAUUCUGCCUUCGCAACCAGUGCAGACCGAGAUCAGCCUGCACAUCUGUGAAGGCUGAUCAUGGUCUGCACUUCGCUAUUCAGUCAGUAAUUUUCAGUGAAUACCCCUUCGAUUAAUAAAUUGUUUGCCCAAAUUGAAUGAUGGACCAGUCCAUUUUAGAAAUUUAGUAGGGUAUCGGUUAAAGACAGGUUUGACUGAUUCCACAUCUGUUUCCUUAGAUUUUAUGUAGAGUAUUGAUUUCUUUGCUAGUCUUGUCAUUAAUCAAUAUACUCGACCUUGAAAAAUAUGUAGGUGUCUGUUUUGUUUAUUUCACUGUAAAUAGAUGUCAUUGUUAUAGUCCAGAGCAUUUUUUUACAGUUCCUUAAUGGGCAUUUUGCUACAUGAUCCUUUUUUCUUUUUCUUCAAAAACUGAAGAAUGACAAAUGGAAGAUUUAUUUGCCUCUUUUUAAAUUCUUAUUUGGCUCAAAACUCUCUUGGUAGAUGACCUGUUAAAGUUUUUAAAAGUUAUUGAAAACAGAUUCACAUUACCUGCAAGUCAGCAAAGAAAUGUCUGCUAGUUUAAAUUUGUAUUUAAUGUGCACCACAUAGAAAUAGCUAGAUAAAAUUUCUGAAUUACUCUAGUCACUUCUGUAUAUAAAUCCAUCAGCAGACCAUGCAAAACUCCUAUAUGUACGUACCAUGUUCAGUAUUAGGUUUUGCAUUAAUUUUGAGAAAUAUUUUUCAGUGAAUAUUUGUUACAGACUGAAGCGGCCUUAUCAGCUAUUUAUUUGUGGUCUUGAAUAAAUUAUUCCAUUUAAAAUGUAGUGCAAUAUAUUUGAAAUGUACACAUUUUUCAUUGUUUUGUACAUUUUACUUUCCAAUAUACAUUUACAGUUGUAAUAAAUAACAUAGGUUGCUAACAAAAGAACUGUGAUAAGUACUUUCUUGUCCAUUAAUUAGUUUAACAUAUUGUUAGUGUAAUGGACAGGCUGCAUGGUCAGUAAGUCAAAGGAUUGUCAUUUAAGUAUCAUAUUGUCUUUCAUAUCUAUCAAUUUUUUACUUUACUAAAUUUGAACAAGUAUUUUAAACAUUCUGGAUUUAUUCAUUAUCAUUUUGUUUGUUGAACAUUAAUUUGUUGCCAGGUGUGUGAAAUAUAUGCAAGUUGGAGGUCUGAACUGCAAUAAAUUGUAAAUUCUUA